AUGUCAGGGAAGCGCGACAGUUUGGCGACUGCGGGAACGGAACAUCCAAUAUUCCCAAGGCUGAUUUACCCCUCUCCAGGCAUCAGCAUCAAGACUUCCCCGUCAACAUCUUUUCUUCCAGACUCUGAUCUAAUGUUUAAACACGCAAUUCUGCUCGUGCUUACCUCCAUUCUUUUUGAAAUCACUUGCACCGCUUCCCAGCCUAAUCAACACAUUCUUCUUUCAACACUUGAAGAAAACACAUCUCAAAUGCUGACAGAAGGCGGAUGGGACGGCGAUUUCGGCGUCACAUGGUUUCCCCGAUGCGAAUUUGGCAGUCUUGUUGGCGGCCUUGUGCACGGCUGGCCAGCCAAGGGCGGUUACUACUCUUACCUCUGCACUAUAGCCGAACUUGAAUUCUUGGGCCUCGACCGAUUCAAGCCCUCUGAUAAAUCAGACGACCCUGAGAAAGAGGAAGCGCACUGUUCUAAAAUGCGCCAACUCGGAGCCAGUUGGUUUCGUAACCCGAACCAUCAAAUACGCGCUGAAGCAAAAUUUCGAAACCAAGAGCCAGAUGCACAGCUUCUAUUCGCUGGUUGGCCCACGGAUGGUGGUGUUUGGGUUAUCAAUGCCACAUUAUUUCAAUCCAGGCGGAAGGGCUUGGGAAGAAUUGGGAAUGCUUUCACGAUGGAAGAACGAUGCAAGAUUAUCCAACAGCUUGGGGGGACGUUCUAUGCUGAUCCGAAGGAUUGUCCUCACUUAGACCUUGACGGUUCUCGGGAAGAGAGUGGACAGUAA